AUGUCACUGCACGACGCGUUGCUCGCUGACCUGGAGGACCUCGACGAUGACGAGGAGGAGAUUGUUGAGGAGAACACUGAGGUCGCCCCCAAGGAGGAGGAAGACAUGGAUGAUGACGAGGACCUGGAUGACAUUGCUGAGGCCGGAGAGGAAGAGCAGGAUGACUUGUACAUGUCCUCUGUUCAUGCCAUUGCCAAGCUUGCAGACAGUGAAAAGAUGCAACGCGUCAUGACCCAGAUUGAGGAAUACGGCAAGAAGAAGGACCAAAGUAUGACUUCGCUUGACGUUGCCUCCUCCAGCCCGGAAUACGAGCUUGUUGUUGAGGCCAAUAACCUCACCGCCGAGAUUGACAACGAAAUCGGGGUGGUGCACAAGUACAUCCGUGACAAGUACGCCAAGCGCUUCCCAGAGCUGGAGCAGCUCGUCAGAGAACCCCUUGACUACGUCAAAACCGUCCAGCUGCUGCAAAACAACCUUGAUGUGACGCAAGCCGGUGUGGACGAGAUCCUGGCGCCAGCAACAGUCAUGAUCGUCAGCGUGUCAGCAACCACAACACAGGGUGUUGAGCUGAGUGCUGACGAGCUGCGGCAGGUGAACGAAGGGUGCGAGAUGCUGCUUCGCCUGGACGACUACAAAGCGCGCAUCUACAGCUACGUCGAGUCGAAGAUGUUCUUCCUCGCGCCAAACCUCACACACAUCUGCGGCUCGUCGACUGCCGCCCGUCUCCUCGGUGUUGCCGGGGGACUUGAAAAGCUCUCCAAAAUGCCCGCAUGCAACAUUUUGGUGCUUGGCGCGCAGAAGAAGUCCCUGUCCGGGUUUUCUGCCGCGGCGACGCUGCCGCACACGGGCUUCAUCUACUACUCUGAGCUCGUGCAGAGCCAGCCGCCGGACUUUCGCCGCAAGUGCGCGCGUCUCGUGGCGGCGAAGGUUGCGCUGGCGGCGCGCGUGGACUCGUACCGGUCGACAGCAGCACAGGGCGCCACCAUCGGCAUCAAGCUGCGUGAGGACAUUGAGAAGAAGAUGGAGAAGGCGAUGGAGCCGCCACCAGGGAAGACUGUCAAGGCACUGCCCCGCCCCGACGACCCCUACAAGAAGCGACGCGGUGGAAAGAGGUUCCGGCGGCAGAAGGAGCGACAGGCGACGACGGAGGCAAUGAAGGCUGCCAACAGGAUGACCUUUGGCGAAAUUGAGGAGGAUGUUGUCCAGGAGGAGAUGGCUGCGUUCUCCGGCCCGCGCGUCGCAAAGGGCAGGCUGCGUGCCGUGGAGGCGACCCAGAAGGGCGGGGCGCUGUCGAAGAAGAUGCAGAGGCGGCUGCAACGCGAGGCAUCACACGGUGGCAUGUCCACAAUCCGCGGGACAGCAACAGCCGGCACAGCAUCUGUCUCGUUCACGCCGAUGCAGGGCCUGGAGAUUGUGAGCAAGCACCUGGAGCAGAAGAAGGCAGAGAGCAACAAGUACUUUGGCAACGAGGGCUUUGUCAACGUCGCCAAAAAGGCAAAGAAGAGCUCGUAG